AUGCAAGCAGCCCAGUCAAAGGCAACCUCCGUCGAGCGAAGACGCAUCGUCGUAAGGGCAUUUGCGCAGCUGGCCAUCCUCUUUGUCGUCUGCGCUGUCAUCAUGGGCGGUACUUUGUAUUUUGCUCUGCCGGAUAUUGAGGAUGAGGACAAGCCCGCAUUCAAGAUCCCAAAGAAUUUCGAUCAGCUCAAGGCGCUCAACUCUGUCCUGCAGAGGUACAAAGACGAGAAUUUCGGGAGGGUCAUGCUCUGCUGGAUCAUGGUCUACAUGUUCCUCCAAGCCUUCUCAAUCCCUGGAUCAAUGUACAUGUCCAUCCUCGCCGGCGCAAUGUGGGGUGUCCCCCUCGCCCUACCCGUCGUAUGCGCCUCUGUGGCGACGGGAGCCACCAUCUGCUACCUCAUUUCCAAAUUUCUGGGCGAGGUGCUGCACGCUAUCCCGUCUUGGAAGAGGAGGGUCGACAGUUGGAAAGAGGUGCUGGACAGGCAGAGGGACGACAUGCUCUCGUACCUGAUCGUCAUCCGCAUGAUGCCCGUUCCUCCGCACAACAUCGUCAACAUCCUUGCGCCACACCUGGGCAUCGGCAUCCCUUUGUUUUGGUUCUCCACCUUCUGUGGAAUCUUUGCCGUUUCAGUCAUCCACGUCACCAUCGGCGAGAAGCUGGACCAGAUGGCCUCGCCUGCGGACUUCAAUCUGUUCACCUGGCGCAAUGCGCUCUUGCUAGGGGGAGUCUGUGUGGCCGUGCUUGUGCCUGUAGUGCUGAGAAAGAGGAGUGGGGCA